AUGUCCCAAGUCGAGCCCUGGACUCACCAAUUGAAGCAGUACUGUCAGGCUGAAGGGCUAGGAGAUGUUGUCUAUCAAGACGUGUCGGACCGCCGAGGGGGCCGCACAGCAUGGUCCACCAUAGCUGUGAUCAAUAACACUCAGUACCCGGCUCGCUUUUGGUACGACGGAUCUCGUAUAGAACAGGCGAAGGAAGACGCUGCUGAAAUCGCACUCUGCAACCUCAAGAAAAGUCUCGAAAGGCAGCGUCCGUCGGCAAGCCAGUAUCAACGAUCGCUUGCUGCGUAG